UUCUAUGAUUGGGAGAAAUGUGUAGUCAUUUCGCGAGUAGAUGUUACCGUCAAAACUCGGAAUGUAUAUUGUUCUGAAAGUGAUGAUCUCGUUGCAAUUGCCGGUGAUUCAUCGUUAAAAAUCCUUGACCUCAAUUGCGAAGGUGGUACAACUCUCAGUGUAGCCGAAGAUGAAUGUGUUCGAGAUGGCGUAUGGGUUAUGAAUUGUUUUAUCUAUAUCACUGAGCAUGAUGCGCUUACCUACUGUGUUGGUGGUCGUUCUGAGGCAACGGUAAUGUGUUUUCUGCCUCGUCCUAUGUCAUUGAUGGUGUCUCCCGCUAAUCCAAGUCGGGUUUAUCUAAUGGACGAAGAGUUUAACUUGUUUGGUUACACUUUACCUACAAGUUUGAUUGCGUACCAGAGACUUGUGUUGCGCGGAGAGUUGGUUCAGGCUCUUGAAGUCUUCACUUCAAUUCCUGAGGAAGAGCGUAUUAGCGUGGCACGUUUCUUGGCAGAUCUAGAAGUAACUGGUAACAAAUGUGAGACGCUCGAGGAUUUUGCUAAAGAAGAAGCACAUUGGAUAGAACUUGGCUACGUCCCACCAGGAACAACGUUCCCACAAACCAGUGUUCAAGCCUUGUAG